AUUGUUUCUUCACAUUCACACAUUCACACAUUCACACAUCCGAACUAAUUCAUUCGUCGUAUACAAUAUACAGCCAUGACAACCCGACCUGUCGACUACCUUCUUGUCGGACUCGGCAAUCCCGGCCAGGAGUACACGACCACGCGACAUAACGCCGGGUUUUUGUUCAUAGAUUAUCUGGCGAAUGUGAUGGCCCUGGAUCAAAAGUGGAGGGUCCCACCGGUCUUUCAGCGCAGGAUGGCAUUAUCAGCAGAUGUACACGAUGUAGUCUUCUCUUAUCAAAAGGGCAGCGUCUCGAACUCGCUCCGGAUAGUGUUCGCAAAGCCAUUGACGUACAUGAACGAAUCAGGCGUGGCGGUUAAGAAGAUCAUGGACUUUUAUCAGAUUACGGAUCCCAAGAAGUUGAUCGUCAUCUCGGACGAUAUCAACACCUUGCCCGGUGCAUUGGCCAUCCAAGAUGGCGGUGAUAUGAAGAGUCUGGCUGGCCAGAAGGGACAGGAGAGUAUCGCGACAGUUCUGGGAACUACAAAUUUCAUCCGCUUCCGUCUCGGCGUGGGAAAGCCACCUUCAGGGAGUCCUACGACUAUUCCGCAAUGGGUCCUGGGACCCUUCAGUCGAGAGGGAAAGGAAAUGGACCUGUUUUAUUUCCUGAUGGGCCAUACGACGCAAGCAUUGUUGGAUUUCGUGCAGACGAACGAUCUCAAGCUAUGCAGGAAAAAAUUUACAAAGUCAAAGAAGAUUCCCUCAGGUCUGGUUCCUACAGAGUCCUUGAUCAGUCCUAUUCAUAUCGAGGGCAUGUGAGGGUAUCUAGAUGGAUAUACCGCUUCCCUUUUACACGAGGCACAAUAAACCAGC